AUGAGUGUGGUGUCAGAUUUUGUUCCAGAUGGACUAGAGGUCUUCGCAUAUAUGGCUGUGGUUGCCUUGGCGUUGUAUAUCGUCGGACUUUGGUUCGAACCCUUUGUCCACCUUGUGGUGAUGGCUUUGCGACGCCCGAAUGGAGAACGCUGGCAAUAUUUCCGCAGUGGCCUUGGCAAUGCCUUUGCGGAUGCUGUCGCCAGCCCUGGGCGUCUUCUGACCCGAAUCUCUGAAAGAGAUGAAGAUGAAUAA